AUAUUGAUGCGAGUGUAAUCUGCUGGACUGCAAAAUUGAUGGUAUUCUUGUGUGUUCUUUGAAGCUCCCGAAGGUGAAUCUGACCAUUCCCAAACUCCCCAAAACCAAGAACAAAGAGGCAACAGACAAGUCAAGACCGCCACUUGAAUCCCAACCGUCCAUCGCUUCGACGAAACCUCCUCAAAACUCAAUCCCCACCCUCCGCCAAAUCUCUGCUCCGAUAUUCAUGAUCCACGAUUAGCAAAGAGCCCGGGAGAUACGCAGGGCAAAGUUAGCUCCGGACGAUCUCAUUUGCAUAUUUGGACGCCGACGGGGGAGUUAAAGAUAAAGAGCCUUUGAUUGGUGUUGUUUGCGAGGAUGAUCAACUCUGCGGGGAGUAAUAGUAUGAUGGCGUCGUCGUCUUCUACAUCUGGGAACAACGCGCAAUCGCCUGGUCUGAAGACGCAUUUCAAGACCCCUGAGGGGAGGUACAAGCUCCACUACGACAAAACUUACCCUACUGGUUAUACUCAAUAUGGCCAGACCCAGUCCCAGGCCAAAACCUUUACUCAGGCAACCCUUGCUCAUCUUAAAGACAAGCCAAUGCAGGCACAAUCGCAGUCAAGUUUUGUGGGCAGCAGUGGUGUUAGGUCUGCAGCAGCAAGGUUGUUGGGUGGUGGAAAUGGGACUAAGUCACUUAGUUUUGUUGGAGCCAAUGGUGGAAGUAAGUCGGUUAGUGGUAUGAGUACUAGAAUUGGAUCAUUAGGGGCUUCAAGUACAAAUCACUAUGUGGGUAAUUCAAAUUUUGAUGGCAAGGGAAAUUACUUGGUGUUCAAUUUUGGUGAAGAUAUAUUUAUUUGUGAUUUGAAUUCUCGAGAUAAGGACCCUAUAAAGUCUUUACAUUUUAGUUCGAACCCUCCUGUCUGCCAUGCAUUUGAUCCAGAAGCUAAGGACAGUCAUGAUCUGCUUAUUGGGCUAGCAUCCGGAGAUGUUUAUUUGGUGUCUUUGCGGCUGCAAUUGCAAGAGAUUGGAAAGAAGCUUGUUGGAGCACAGCAUUAUAACAAAGAUGGUUCUGUUAACAGCACCCGCUGUACUACUAUUGCAUGGGUGCCUAACAGUGAUGGAACUUUUGUUGUUGGUCAUGCGGAUGGAAGUUUUUAUGUCUAUGACAAGAGUAAAGAUAGUUCUAGUGAUCCUUCAUUUCCGGCUAUUAAAGAUCAGACUCAAUUUUCAGUCUCCCAUGCUCGUAACAGUAAGAAUCCUGUUGCUAGAUGGCAUAUUCUUCAAGGCUCAAUAAAUAGCAUUGCUUUCUCUACAGAUGGGGCAUAUAUUGCAACUGUAGGGAGGGAUGGUUACCUGCGCGUGUUUGACUACAGAAAUGAGCAGCUUGUAUGUGGUGGAAAAGGAUAUUAUGGUGCUUUAUUAUGCUGUGCUUGGAGUAUGGAUGGUAAAUAUAUCUUAACUGGUGGAGAGGAUGACCUAGUUCAAGUUUGGAGUAUGGAGGAGCGGAAGGUUGUAGCAUGGGGCGAGGGACACAAUUCAUGGGUGAGUGGUGUGUCAUUUGAUUCUUAUUGGUCAACGCCAAAUUCAGAUGGCACAGGUGAAAAUAUUGUCUACCGGUUUGGUUCUGUUGGCCAGGACACGCAAUUGCUUUUAUGGGAUUUGGAAAUGGAUGAGAUAGUGGUCCCAAUGCGCCGCCCUUCUGGAGGAUCUCCUACUUUCAGUACCGGAAGUCAGUCAGCUCACUGGGAUACCGCUUGUCCUAUGGGUACUUUGCAUCCCGCUCCAAGCAUGCGAGAUGUCCCGAAGCUGUCCCCAUUGGUUGCCCACCAUGUUCACACCGAACCUCUCUCUGGAUUGAUAUUCACCCACGAAUCUGUUCUUACUAUUUGCAGAGAGGGGCACAUAAAGGUCUGGACAAGACCAGGCUCUGGCGAAAGCUCAACAAGCAACUCCGGUUCUUUAUUGAGUACAAGCUUGAAGGAAAAACAAUCAAUUUCAAGUAAGGCCGUGAGUUCAAGUUUCAAGCAAUAGCACAACGUCAUGACCCCGGUUUACUCUUACAUAUCAACCAGAAGUCCAGAACACAGCCAAAGUUUGUGGCAUUGGCUUGUGCAUUGAGGUUAACCAAGUCCGUUGUAUAGCGCUUGUCAGGGGCACGAUGGUGUCAGAAGAAAAGUGCCCAAACUGCCUUGUAAGUAUGAAAAGGUUGUCAAAGGAGGAAUACUAAAAUGACCAACAAGAAGGAAAAAAAAAAAACCAAAUUGACAUUGCAAGUUUCAGAAUUGUACUUCCAGCAUGCCGCUUUUCUUGCUUUUGUUGUUCUCCCCUUAACCAAUUUUUGGCUGACAUUCAAUUCUCAUCCAAGUUGCCCCAGAUUUGUGUGGUCCAGCAUUAUUAUGGUCAUGCCAGUCUGAGGCUGAUAGAAGUAUUCAGUGGGUUUUAGUCUGGUAGUUAGUUUAACAAGCAGAAACCUUGCUUUACAUUUUACAUUAGGUACUAAAUACUAAUAUUUGAAAUGUACUGAUUUUUUAUUAUUUUAUAUUAUAUAUAGGGAAAAUUGCAUCUUUAG